GUGUUUGCGCGCGCGGGCGCGCGUGUGUUUGUGUGAGAGAAGGGACGGUGAUAGUUUUCUGUCUUGUGUAAACUAGGUUUAGUUUAUCGGCGACUAUUGUUGCAAAGAGACGCAAUUAUGUCACAACAUUCUAAUUACAACAACAACUCAGGCUUUUAAUUAAUGAAUGGUAUCAAGCCUCUGUUUAUUGACGUGUUUUGAGUAAAGGCAUAGAUGCCGGUGCUAAUAACAUUCAUAAUAAUGUAGAAAUUCACAACAACAGAUGGUAAAAUAUUUAGUAUUAUUAGUAUUAUUCCUUAUUCUUAUUUAGCCUUAUUCCGCUAUUCUCUAUGAAUGAAUAACUGUUGUCUAGUCACCUCCAUGUUAAUUAAUGUGCUCAUUUAAAUGUGCGUGCAGCGCCAGGGUGCUACCAAUGUGUUUAGCGCCCGGUCGCCACCUCGUCUCCUCGUCACUUCGUCUCCUCAUCCCAGCAGAGGGUCUACCCCCCGCUGGGCCGUGUCGUGUUGUGUGUUGGCACGCACCCGCCAUCGCGAUCGCGACGUGCACGACAGUUUCAUCACAAAGGCGGGACUCAAAAUGUAGCGCGAGGACAAAAUAAUAAUCGAAACGAGGGGGGGAAAGAAAAAAGGAUCCGGGGAAGGAGACAAGGAGACAUCCGAGGGGGCGAAGGAAGCGAGCGAAGGCUGCGCGCCGCUCUUCGCAUUGGAACGCGGCCCGCUCCGUUUCCUUUGACUCGACUCCCCUCCAUUCAGUGUGUGCGGAGGAGGGUCUGGCUCCCGGGAUCCAACACUAGCAGCGGGGGGUAACAAGGCGACCGCAUGCGCUCUUCCCCCCUCGACAAAAACACCCGGGAAGGAGGGCCGAGAACACCGAACGGAUUCCCCAGAGCCGCCAGGAUUCGACUCAUUUCAGCGGGGGACGAGAGGCCCGCGCCCGGCGACGCGGCAGCGGGGAAGCCCGCCGUGGCUAGCAUGAAGCGGACGGCCGGUGUGACCAGGCACAAUGGCCUCGUCUCUCCGCUGGGGAACAACAACUCCGGGGCCUCCUGCAACAUCGCCCCCCCGCCGCAGCAGCAGCGCUCCGGCGCCGCCGCCGCCUCGGACGCCACCGCGUCCGCGGUGGCAGCGGCGGCGGGGGCGGCGGACGGCCUGCUGGACUACUCGAAGGGGGGGGCCGUCAUCAAGACCGAGCUGGUGUGCAAGUGGACCGAGAGGGAGCGAACUUCGUCCAGACAAAAGCAGCUCGACAGGCGGACCCCCUGCGACCAAAGUUUCGGCUCCAUGCACGAGCUGGUGGACCACGUCACCGCGGAGCACGUCGCAGCCGGGCUCGAGUCCCCUCUCUCGAGCCAUGUGUGCAUGUGGGACGAGUGUCUGCGGGGGGGCAAGGCGUUCAAAGCCAAGUACAAACUCAUCAACCACAUCCGCGUGCACACGGGCGAGAAGCCCUUCACCUGCGCCUUCCCCAGCUGCGGGAAGAUGUUCGCGCGCUCGGAGAACCUCAAGAUACACACGCGCACCCACACGGGAGAGAAGCCCUUCCAGUGUGAGUUCUGCGAGCGACGGUUCGCCAACAGCAGCGACCGCAAGAAGCACUCCCAGGUGCACACGGCCUCCAAGCCUUAUGACUGCAAGGCGCUGGGCUGCACCAAGUCCUACACGCACCCUAGCUCCCUGCGAAAGCACAUGAAGGUCCACGUCAAGUCCUCGCCUACCUCCGACCCCAGCGACCCCUACGACCCCGUCCUGCGCCCGCGCUGCCUGCAGCCCCACCAGAACCCCUUCGAGCCGCUGGACCUGAAGAUGAACCACCACCACCACCACCACCUGCACCCCCUGUCCCCCUCCCUGCUCGACACUAAGCCCUACUUCCCCUCCCGGCCCGACGGCUUCCAGCGGCAGGAGCUGGACCAGAUGCUGCGGCUGCGGAGCGCGUCGCCCACGGCCGUGCCCCUGGACCUGUCGCUGUCGGGCCUGAUGAAGAGCCGCCUGGCCCAGCAGAAGCAGGGCGCCCGCGGCCAGCGGCGCUGCCUACCUCAGGUGUCGAACAUUAAGGAGUGGUACGUGUGCACGCGCACCGCCGUGCACCAGGAGUUCCCCCUGCUCAACCCCGAGGACAUCAAAUCAGAGCCCAGCGACGAGGAGUACAACACGUAGGGCCCCGUGGCCCGCGGCCUGGCCGCGGCGGACUCGGUGAACGCGUGGAGGAGGGCCGGCCGGGAGGGUCCGGAUCCCUCUGCUGGACUUCAUAUCAGGGGCUUCAUGUCCUCGGCUCAGGGGGACCGGGGACCUACCGUGGUGUGAUUGUGUGUGCGUAGUUGUCAUCACCCCCCCACCCCCCACCCCCCACCACCCCGUCAAACACACACAAAAACACACCUGGUAUCAGGGGAGCGAGGGGGUUUGAGGUUAGAGGCUGGCGUCGUUCCAAGGCUCAAAGGUCAGGUCAGGGCAGAGAGGCGGUGUGUCUGUGUGUGUGGGGCCUUGCUGGACCGCUUUGUUUUGAAUGGGACUGUGUUGGGGACGGUUGUAACAGCGACACCUUUAGAGGUUCGAGGCUCGGGAUUAGAGGACAGAGACUCCGCCUCGGUCCCGCGACGCUACCGCGAAUUCCCGCCACUGAUCAGUAUUCCUCCGCCCCCCCCGUUCUUGUCUUUGUUUACCGAUACGAAAAACACGACGGGAGAGGUUCUUUCCGAAGGUCCGAUCAUCACCCAGGAAACAUUUUGACGUUAAGUGUUACACGGUGAUAGUCCCUAUAACGCAUCGUUAGUCUAACGUUAGUUACUAAUAUAGAGAGGUUUGAUAGAACGUUUCAAACAGAAAAACCAGAGCCCUCCAAACUUUCACCCCUUGCCCACUGCUUCCGUCCGUGGACGGAUCCCAUUGAUUUUGAAUGGGGCGGAGCCGCAAUGCAUUGUGGAUCCAUCCGCUCCGUUGGAUCCAUCAGCUCCGGGCUUGGCUGACGAAUGCCUCUGUAAAGACGACUCCCCCAUCAGUCAGCCAUGACUUCCGUCAUCCGUUGACGGACGGAUGCAGUGGGCAAGCUGCGUUACUGCUUGAGCAAGCAGUCGUUUUUUUUAUACUUUUUACUAUUAUGGAAGUCAUAUUUUCCCAUAAGAUGUUCUACGUUGCCAAACUAACAGAGCCAACCGUCCUUUAGAACCCCCCCCCCCCCCCCCCCGCCAGGUAUCCAUGACGACGAGGGUACGGCAAGCAGGACCUGAUGUAAAUGUAUUCUCUCAAAGUAUCUCCGCGAUAGCUUCAUAGUGGUCGCUCCGACACUUAUGAGGACGUUUAAUAACAAUCAGCUGGUUCAAUAACGAUCAGCCGGUUUAAUAACGAUCAGAGGGUUUAAUUGAUCGGUGAAAGCACUCGAUAACCUGUCAAGAAAAAGACCAACCUAUAGAAAAGCAUACUUUGAUAUACUUGUAACUCCCAAACCUUCUUAAAAACCUUAAUUGGGCCCAAUUAAUGAAUGAGUUCACCUGAGAAUUAUGUUUGUUAAACUCCAUCAUUGAUUUGAGGUAAAUCUGGUCGAUUUGAGACCACAGAGCACAUGUCCUCUGGGCCAGCAGUGACCAGAGACAGAAUUGUUCACAGACGUCUGAUCACACCGUGGUCCAUACUCCCAGGAUCGAUGAGCCAGUGUGGAGGUCUCCUUUAUUUAAUGUCUUCUUACGUUGUUUAUAGCGCUUGUCCUAACCCAGCCCCCCCCCCCCCCCCCUCCUCAAAAAAACCCAACCUAUUUAUUCCCAUACAUGUAUAUUUUUUUAAUAAAUGCAAAAAAAUACAUUUUUUCAAAAGCAUUUAAAAGAAAAAAAAAUGGAGACCAAUCCAGGAUCGAAGACAUACCCGUGUUUUAGGUAACCUGAAGAUAUCGAAAGCCCUUAAACCAGUUUUGUAAACGUGUUUCUCUGUAAUAUUAAUAUGCGUUUUCUAUGAGUUACCUGACCCCUGCCAGUGUUUCACAAUAAAUAGUCCUUUGGCCA